AUGAGUGAUGCUGAGAAUCGCCCCGAGCGCGAGGCUCACCUUGGUGGUAACACGGAGCAGAUCAAGCAGAUCAAGGAGAUCAAGCCGAUCGAUCAGAUGGGUGAUUCUGAGGAUCACCCAAAACGAAAUGACGAUCCCGAACACGGAAAUCACCCCCAAGGUGACACUGAGAGACCGAUCAACUUCGAAUGGACUCCUGAACUUGUGAAGAUUGGAACCUCUCGCGGCGCGAUACACCCAUCGAUUGGUCCCAUCGAAUCCCACUACGGCAAACCCAUUUACCGGCCUGGCAUGACCCUCCCAGAUCCGGCUGAUACACGGGAAUGUCUGAAGUGGGCUGGAUUGUCCGAUAAAAAGAUCAUUGAGGUUGAACAGGAAUUCAAUGAUCUAUAUCCGGAUUACCAAGGACCCGCCUGUGGGUAUAAAGAGAAACAUUACCCGACGGGCUACAAUACAAUUGUAUUCCCUAAGAUCGAGAAAAUGUUGGACCUGUUCCUCCAAGGAAUGCAUAAGGACGACAAUGAGUUGGAAUACACGCAUAAGGGUUACAUUGAGCAUGGCAUCCAGCUAGGAUUACAUCUAGAGUUUGCAAUAUUCUGUGGACUACAUAAGGACGAUCCCCGGGCUAUUGAUAACCCCACCCUUUUCAAAAGGAAAUGGUUUGAUUUAGGCCCAACGCGUAUCAUGAGUGAUACCCUCAUCCCGUUCUGGAUGAAUGUCGAAGAAUUGCUAGCAGCGAAGCUGGUGUACGAGGGGAAGGCAUGGGUGUGUCAUGGAAGAUGCUUAGUGCAUAACGGGGAAAGCCUAGCUCAAUCGAAAGCGAGAAUGAAUGAACAAGAGCGUGAGAGGCUAAAAGAGCAAGCGGCAAUGGAAUAUGUAGCAGAAAGGGAGCGUGAGAAACAAGAGAUAGAGAGACUAUACGCGGAGGAGGACGCUAUAUGGGCAGAAGAAGACAGACAGGCGGAGAUGUUAAAGCAAAAAAGCAUAGAAAAAGCUGUUCAGCAAAAGGACUAG